AUGUCUUUAAGAACCUGCAAAAAAAUCCACCUGUUUGUGUUAAUCCUGCAAAUAAUUACAUGGAAGAGUCAUUUUAUUUUCGCUUCCACAACAAACCCCAGCUCCGCUACCUCUAGUUCUUCAACCAUAAUAGAACAUCGCAUUAAUCCCAAUAUAACCAUACUACAUGAAGUUCAUGAGGAGGGCUUCUCAACGAAAAAGGAUAAACCUCCCAAUCCUGAUAUACAACCCUUGAAGCACAUGAAAAAGAAACCCUAUUUGCCAUUGGAUAAACCCUACAGUUCACAUGAGAAACCCAAGCCCUUAAAAGAAUUGGAAUUGCAUCCCGUGGUUUUCGAUUUCAAUUUGGGCGAUUUAGAAGAUUUGGAACAUGAAAACUUUAAGAAGAAGGAUCUAAGUGCUGAGGAGAAAUUGCUGUUAAGAGAUGGUGCUGUUAUAGGUAACCUGCAGACAGGCUCCACCAUAGCCUAUUCGGAAGAUGUUAAAAUACCUGAUGCAGAGACCUUGCAGGAUGAUUUGACAGUGCAGGUGGAUAUCGUAACGAGUACCGAGAAAUCCAAUAAGAAAUUGGCAACAAAUUUUUACUCAACCAGUAAAGGAGAAGAAUAUGCUGUAACUCCAACCUCUACGUUUUCAUCACCUUCCACUGCUGCUUCUACAUCAUCAACCACUACGGUUAGCCCUCAUAUUUUGAAAAUUUUCAAACCCAAAUCAGCCAAAAAAGGUCGUGAACUCAUGAAACAAGAUGAACUCUUGCACAAGGGUCUUAACAACCAUAAUAGUCUUAAUCACUAUUUAACCAUUUCGGAUAAUGGUGGCAAUAAUCAAACUGCUGAAAGCCUUCAACAGGCGAAUAUUUUUCAAAUUAUUACCAAUAUCUAUGAUCAUUUCUAUUGGCAGCCUUCGGAAAUUCGCAAUAAGGUGACCACUGCUUGUGGUCUUGAAAUGCAGGCCUAUUUGACAGCCCUACAUGGCAACUAUCGCUGGGCUCAGGCAGCAUAUGAUUCCUCUGCUCGUUAUCGGGGACAACUGUUAUUUGGCAACGACAAAUGGCUGGGCCAAAGGCAAUUCUGCUAUGAACUCAACCGUCAAUUGGAUCCUGAAAAACGCAAGCAUUUCGAAUUUGAAUUCUAUGUGGCCUUGAUUGUUUUCCAGCUGGAACUGCCGGACAAGUUUAGUGCCAGGCUGCAGGUCGGCGAAUGUUUACCCAAAUCCUGUACGGCCCAGGAUGUGCAACAUCUUUUGGAAAUUGAUCCGCAUGGCAGCAUGCUGACGUCAAUGAAUAGCAGCCAUACACCGGCCGUGGUGAAGAUAUUGGGAGUGAGAACAGUGCCGGGCUUAUACAGUUAUUGGCGUGAAUUGAGAUUUCAAAUAUUUGCGAGCUUCAUGUUAACUCUAUUCCUGCUAAUAAUCUCUGCUACUUGGUAUCAAUCGCGUCUGGGUGAACAACGUUUACAACAACAAACCCACAUAGCUGUUAUAAGUGGCUCCAAAGUUGAUUCACCCACCAUACAUCACAUCUCAUCUGCGGAUAAUGGCAAAUCCUUUGAAUUGUAUCAAAUGUCCUCGUUGAACGAUAACAACAAUGCCAGCACUGAGACAAAUGAGCACAACGAUACAAAUGGCAAAAAAUUAUCCUAUUUUAAUGGCCAACAUGAAUUGGACAUCAACUCCAAUCGCCAAGGAGCUUCUGGUCUUGGCCAUUCCAACAACAAUAAUAACAAUAGCAGCAACUCCAAUGGUUCACAUAGCGCUCAUGACAUGGAAUACCGCAUUGAGACUACCAGCAAUGCUGGCGCUCCUGAAACCUAUGAGGCCAAACAACAAUUGGGUAUCCAUGAACAAGUUUUACUAUGUUUUGCAUUUCAAACAAAUGCCUCUACAAUCUUAAGUUUGGAUCCUAGCAAGGAGAGUCAAACAUCCUGUGUUCAUGGAUUGCGCGUUAUUUCCGUGAUGUGGACAAUAAUGGUACAUACAUAUCUGCAAGUAUUCAACAUUGGCGAAAAUCGGUUUACCCGCGUCAUUGUGGAGCGCACAACUUGGUAUCAAUUCAUAGGCAAUGCCACAUUUUCCGUGGACACAUUUUUCUUUAUAAGCGGCUUUUUGGUCACGCUACUCUAUUUGAAACAGGAUAAAAAACUACCCGAGAGAACUUCACAAUUUUUGAAGAAAGGAUUUUUGGAUACCACCAUUGUGGUGAUAUAUCGCUAUAUUCGCUUGACGCCCACCUAUUUAUUUGUGAUAUUUUUCAAUGAUUUUGCCAGAAGACAAACAUUUGACAACUCGGUGUUUCAGCCAUCCGUACCGUAUCAGACAUGUGGCCAAUAUUGGUGGCGCAACAUUUUGUAUAUAAAUAAUUUUUAUCCCUUAAAGGAGAUAUGCAUGAUAUGGAGUUGGUAUAUGGCAAAUGAUAUGCAAUUUUUUGUAAUGGCUUCCUUUCUGCUGAUGUUCUCAAUGAGAUAUUCCAAGGCUGUUGUUUUAACACUUGUCACAUUUUUGCUUUCCUCCUGGGGUAUUUCGGGUGUUAUAUCUUUGCAUUAUCAUUACACCCAUAAAGUCUCCAGUCCGUUUGAAUCCUUUGAUUUCCUAUACGAUAAGCCUUGGCAACGUGUGGGUCCUUACAUAAUAGGCAUGCUAACCGGUUACAUUAUGAGCAGAGUGCGCACACCGCCUAAGGUGUCGGGACGCCUGAAUACCUUGUUAUGGUUUUUGAGUUUGGGUCUAUUAGUGCUAAUAAUUUGUGGCGUGUGGCAUGGUGAGCUUAAUGAAGUACCCACAGCCUUUUAUGUAAGCAUGGCCCAUACAGGUUUCGGUGUGGCUCUCAUAUGGAUUGUCUUAUCUUGCUGUUGGAAUUUAUCACCCACCAUGAAUCGCAUAUUGUCCUAUAGAUGCCUGUGGCCUUUGUCGCGACUCACCUAUUGUGCCUAUUUGAUACAUCCGGUCAUAAUGUUGGUGCUGUCCUAUCGCAUGGAUGGCACCAUUCAUCUUAAUCCUCUCUUCAUUACGGUCAUAUUUUUUGGCAAUGCUGUGGUCUCCUUCAUAGCAGCCUUCUUUAUAUCGGUGGCCUUUGAAUCGCCUGUCAUACGUUUGCUUAAAAUCUUAUUUCACAAAUAGUGCAUAGUGUGGGGAGGGGACAAAAUGUAUGCAGUAUCGAAGAAAAUGCCUAUGCGAAAUCUAGUGACUGUUCUUAUAUGUUAAUAUAUUAUUAUUGUAUAUGUGUAA